UGCGACGGGAGUGUUCUGCUGAGGCACCACUGGAGCAGGGGGAUCGAUGAUCGUGUGUGCGCGGCUUGAGGGUGAUAGUCCCGUGGUGGAGGAGUUCGAGCUGCCGUUCAGGACUGCAGCGAGCCGCGACAUUUGGCGUGGCACAACAUUGGUGACAAUGGCGCAGACCGCGGGUGGCUUCUUUUGGCUCCUCUCCCAGGCUGUGGUGGUGUAGUGUUUUGUUGUGUGUGUUGUUUGCGUGGUUGUUUGUGUGGUGGUGGUGUUCGCUUCGGCGCGUUAUGUACGAAUUAUUCUUCUUCUUAUAUGAUAUGGCAGUGCUCCUGCCUUUUAUCUCAAAAAAAACAUGCGGAAAUUAUUUUAAUUUCUAUGCAUUUACAUGAUUGAUACUUUGCUUACUUGAUCAGCGAAACACUUGGUAAGAUUACAAUUCCAUUGGUUCUUAUAUUAUCAUCAAUUUUCUAACACCCUGCUUCUUUCCAGAUGUUAUCACAUGAAGAUAUUGAUCUAUUUGCGGGGAGACCAUCCUUUGUUGAUUCUGCUAAUAAAUCAUUCCCUUCCCUUACACAUUCCAAUGCCUCUGCUUUUGAUCCGUUUCAACCAUCCUUUGUGACAUCAUUCCCUUCAUACACUGAGUUCUCAGUGCAUGACACCCCAACCAAAUCCAAAAACCCCUCACAUCAGCAUUCCAGCGCUGCAGAUUUUGAUCCUUUUGCUGCAAUUCCAUUGAAGACUUUUGAUGAAUCUGACUCCUUCAGUGCAUUCUCUUCAAAUAUGGUUUCAGGUCAAACUAAAACGGAAAGUGUGAAAUGUUCUGAUCGUAGUCCUCUUGAGGAGCUGAAUUUUGAUGCCUUCACUUCACAUACGGUAUCUCCUAGAACAAUUGCCACCAAACUCAUGAAUAAGUCCCCCACAAAGCUGGAGCCGGCCUCUAUAUCAGAAUCAAAAUCAGAUGUGAAGAAAGGGGCUUUCCAGGUCAAGUCUGGCAUAUGGGCUGAUCCUUUGAGUCGUGGGCUAAUUGAUUUGAAUAUAACUGCAUCAAAGAAGGUCGAUCUUUCAGAUGUAGGGGUUGUUGGGCAAUUGAGCGACGGAUCUGAGGAUAAAGGCCCAGCUGGUCCGUGGUGCACGGAGACAACAAUGGGCACCGGAUCAGGCCUGCAAGGCAGGUCUGGUUCUCCAUCGUCCGCAGGAACCACUGGUGGAACUGGUAAUUUCCAGCAGCAGCAGUUUAUAAGCUUCAAUUGACCCUAACUCAGGAUCUUCUUGGAUGCGACAUGAGAGUGGCAGGCAGUAUCUGAUUUCCUGGAUCAUUUAUGCAGUAUUGCUCCUGACAUCUCAUCAAUGAUCAGGUGUUUCUGAGAUGGCCAGUUCUAGUAUUGCAAAAUAACUGUCAUCUUCGCCCUUGAUAGUGUUCAAGAAAAAAUAUUCGCCCUUGAUGUGUAUAGUUUUGUAUCUACUAGUUCACCAAAGUAAAGCUGUAUGUGCGCACUGUGAAUUCAGCCUUUGGAUUUUCCUUUUGAUACUUUUUUUUUGGUAUCUCACUUCUCAAUAGCGCGAUUCACCCUGUAACUUACCUCCUCUACUGUACAGUGUACACCCGAAAUUAGGGGUAAGUUAUAUACAAUUAUUCAAACUUCAGUAUGAUAAUACUAGGGAUAAUGCAGAUUGUAUGAAUUGUAAUGAAAUGAUAAACCCCUUAAGGACA